AUGGCCGCCGACUUCAAUCCGGUCGCCUUUCUCGACGAGCUCGAGUCGUUCGGCAGGCCUCCACCUCCAAGACAGCUCGGAAAACCCGCCGAAAGCUCCCCCUCCACCAGCGAGAUCGUCACCAAGCUAAACGCGCUGAACUUGGAGAAGCAAAAAAAAAUGCGCACCGGCCCGGUUCCGCCGAGCGAAAACGGCAUGCUGUCGUUGGGCAAGAAGAUGAACGCCGCCACCAAGGAGGAAAUAUCCCGAGAAGAAGCUUCCGGUCUCCGACAAAUGGUUGUGACCGCCUCCCCCAACUACAAGCCCGGUCACGGCGCCGAGCCCGAGCGCUACGGUGGCGUGGAUGAAGAGCAAAAAAUGGUCGGCAAGACGUUUUCGUACGGGGUGAUCUCGCCGAAGACGCCCACCCAGCAGAAGGCCACUAAUUUCCCGAAGGUUGACGUCCUCAACAGUCCGCCCACCCGCUACACCUCAUCUUCGCCAAGUACGAGCGAGUACUCCGAACGUGGCUCGACCGGAAAUCGUCUGCCGAAAAACGGGAUUAGCUACCCGGAGUACGGGCGUGAGAAGCAGAUCGGACCCGCGGAGCCGAGCCCGAAGCCACACCUCAGCAGCGAGGAUCGCCUCAACCGCUGGAAAGAGAUGGACGCCGCCCUCGCCAAGCAGGACGAGAAGUUUGGGCGUCUAUCGGCCCAGAUUCGCGAGGACGUCAAUAGGAUGCGGGUGGACGCGCAGAAGAUCGGAAACUGCUUCGGUUGCAAGGACGCGAUGUACUACGGUGACGAGGCUACGGUGGCGAUGGACAGAAAGUAUCAUCCGGGUUGCUUCAAGUGCCAGCAGUGCGAGCGGAACCUGAAGGACCUCAAAUUCUACUUCAUCGACGACAAAUUCCUGUGCCAAGAAGACUUCCUCCUCGCCGAGCUGCACAAGAAGGCCGACAAAUGCGCCGUCUGCCACAAACCAAUCGUCGAAAUGGUGCUGCAAGCCGUCGGCAAGUCCUUCCACCCGGGUUGCUUCAACUGCUCGGUAUGCGGAAAGUGCCUGGAUGGGGUUCAGUUCGCGGUAGAUGAACAGGACAAGAUUUUUUGUACGGACGACUACUAUGAGCGGUACGCGCCGAGAUGCCAUUCUUGUCGAAAGCCGAUAAUGCCGAAAAAGGGAACUGGGGAGACUGUGCGAGUUGUCGCCCUCGGAAAUGACUAUCAUCUGGAGUGCUACUCGUGUGAGGGCUGCGGCAAACAACUCGGCGACGACCACAACGAGCAGUGCCACCCCCUCAAUGGUCAUCUCCUCUGCCGCCCCUGCCAUCAGCUGUGGAAGGCCACCGGCGGCGCCCCCACCACCGAUCUG